CCUUGUGUCUGUCUCGUUUUCGCUCAGUCCAUUCUCGCAAGACCUCUGACUAUCUCCUCUCACUCCAACCGACUGCUAGAUCUCACUUCCGAAACUACCAUAGAGCAGCCACUUUCAAUUCUUGUGGGUCACAUCGCAGUACAGCCUGGAAUAUCGUUACAGACCUCAGACCUCACCAUCGACAAAGAUUUUCCCUAUCUGCUGUUUCAAGGUCCACCAUGGCUUCAGGACUAAGUGAUAAGAUAACUUCACUCUCUAUAGAAGAGAUGGCCAAGGCCAAGAAUCCCGUCGACUUCUACCGACAGCAUAUCGCCGAGAGGAUAGCUCCGAUUGUAAAUCGCAAAGAUACUGAACUUGUUCCUUUGUUGCAAUGGACCGCUACGCUAGAUAAGGGGGACUUAAUGUUGCCGGUCGCCGCCCUCCGUGUCAAAGGCAAACCACCCCAGGAUCUGGCCAAGGAGAUAGCCGAAGCAUACCCCCAGUCGGAAGACACGCUUGCCACGGCGACCCAGGCUGGUCCUUUCGUUCAAUUCUUCUUCAAGCCCGAGCACCUGAUCAAGACCGUUAUCCCCGAAAUCCUCCACACUAAGAACGCGUACGGUACCAAUCCCGCUUCUGGUUUGAAAGAUCCAUCAGAUCCCUCAAAAGGGCAAAAGCGAGUCGUUAUCGAAUUUUCUUCACCAAACAUCGCCAAAGAGUUCCAUGCAGGUCAUCUUCGAAGUACGAUCAUUGGAGGCUUCCUUGCCAAGCUUUACAAGAUUAUGGGCUGGGAGGUAAUCAGGAUGAAUUAUCUUGGAGAUUGGGGAAAGCAGUAUGGGCUCUUGGCUAACGGUUUCAAGCAAUUUGGAAGCCAAGAAGAGUUGGACAAAAAUUCAAUCCAGCACCUCUUCCAUGUCUAUGUCAAGAUCAGUAAGAUCAAGAGCGAGCAAGAUGAGCCCAUCAAUGCUCUCAAGAAGGAGAUUAAGGAAAGGAAGCUCAAGGGGGAGGAUGUAACGGCUCUGGAGGAGAAACUUGCGCCAUUGGUUGAAGCCAGUGAGGACGAAAAAGCUCGAAAAUACUUCAAAAGUAUGGAAGAUGGAGAUCCGGAAGCCCUCGCAUUAUGGCAACAAUUCCGCGAUAUGAGCAUUGAGAAAUAUCAGAGGACGUAUGCACGACUCAACAUUGAAUUUGACGUAUACUCUGGUGAAUCACAGGUAAAGGCCGAAAAUAUCAAAAAGGUUCUUGAUAACCUGCUGGCAAAGAAGAUUGCUGAGGAGUCUGACGGUGCACUUUUGAUCGAUUUUGCCAAACACGGAGCAAAGAAACUGAACAAAGCGAUUAUCGUUCGACGAGACGGAACGCCAUUGUAUCUGACUCGGGAUUUGGCUGCUAUCCUAGAAAGAAGCGACAAGUACCACUUCGACAAGAUGAUAUACGUGAUAGCUGACCAACAAAAUGAGCACGUGGCUCAGCUUUUCAAGACCACAGAGAUCAGUGGCCAUAAAGAAAUCGCCGAUAAAUGUGAACACAUUUCUUUCGGAAUGGUCAAGGGUAUGAGCACUCGACGAGGUACAGUCAAAUUCCUAGACGACAUCAUCCAAACAGUCAAAGAGACCAUGCUUGAAGUGAUGCAGAAGAACGAGAAGAAGUAUGAGCAAUUGGACGACCCUGACGCUGUGGCUGAUAUCUUGGCCAUCACCGCAAUCAUGGUGCAAGACUUGACUGGCAAGGUUCGCAAUGGGUACGAGUUCAAUAUCAAUCAGAUGACUGCCUUCGAAGGAGAUACUGGCCCAUACUUGCAAUACGCGCACGCGCGACUAUGCUCAAUCGAACGCAAAGCCAACGCGGACAUAAGUGGCUUGAGUUCUGCCGACUUGUCGCUGCUACAGGAAGUCCAUGCUAUCAAUCUUACCCGGUCGUUGGCACAGUAUCCUGACGUAGUUCUGAACACGCUCAAGACACGCGAACCUGCAACGCUACUGACCUAUCUCUUCAAAAUGGCCCAUGCACUGAGUUCAAGUUAUGAUCAUCUGCAGGUUGUGGGCAGCGAGCCCGAGCUACAAAAGGCUCGAUUGGCCCUGUACGAGGCUGCCCGGCAGGUUUUGUGGAAUGGCAUGACCUUGAUCGGCCUGAGCCCCGUACAGCGAAUGUAAUACCCUAGCUGUCGAUAUGCACGCGAAGGAAGACUCGUGUUGGACAUGCCUCUCUAGAUCAGUCGAGCGGAGUUAUUCGGGAUUUUAUUGCUGCAGAGGGUGGCUUGCGCUUACUAUCUUUCGGAAAUGGGGUUCCAGACUCUCGAAGGGAAACAAAGCGACCAGGGUCCUAAUGCAGGGUAUGAAUGAGGAAGGAUCAGGUAUGUCGGAGCUAUGGGGGAACUGCUGCGGUGGACUUCCGGGCUCUCAGCCGAGGAGCCAUGUUGCUAAGCAGGUCGAGCAGAGGAUCGAUUUCUUGUUCUCUCACACGCUGAUGUAUGUUCAUGCAACUGUCCAGGCUAAGAGGUGCUAGUCAGGGCAGGGCCUGGUACUAACGUCACAGUGCGUUGGGCAGCGAUGGCACUCAGAGAUUCUGUCAACAAUGUUUAGCUGGAAGUGUUCGUGUGCUCUAUACACCGAGUAGUAUCUAGGGAGUUUGAGGAUGAUUCCGAAGAGUUUCAGGCUGAUAUGGUCAUCGAUGCGAAAGGGUUUCUGACUGGAUGAAGUCUCGUUGGCUGAUAUGCUCGGGGGUCAGUCAUCCCAUCAGCCGGCAACACAGCAUCAAGUGUCCAUUGUGUAACAUAGACCUAGCAUAGAUUUGACGCGGACCAUCGAGGGGCAAUUGCUAUCGGCAUUGCCUUCUGCAGACUGGCUCCCCGCGUUCGUAUUCAGCCAACUGCUUGCUGGCAAACAUGCUG